GGGCCCUUCCCCGAGCCGGGGAGGAGGCGUCGCCGGGACGCAGGUGCAGCGGACUCCGACCUGUCUCGGGAACUUUCGCGGCGGCGCAGGCGGCCCGGGAGCCGCCUCCCCGCGGGCCGCGUUCGGGUUCUCCGCCCGGGGCCGCUUCCCCGGGAGCCCGCGCGGCGCUCGGCGCACUCGGGGGCUGCGAGCAGCGCCGCGCUCCUCGGCCGAUGGGGGCGGGUGGCGCCGCCCCGGGCGCAGGUGGCACCCGACAGGCCGGAGCUUCGGCUGCUGCGGGAAGCGCAGGGAGAGGACAAAGCUGACACCCGGGGCCGGGGGCACCAAGGCAGCGAUGGCCCGAGAGUUAAGCCAAGAGGCACUGCUGGACUUUCUGUGCCAGGCCGGGGGAAGAGCGACCAACGCCGCCUUGCUGAGCCACUUCAAGCGCUUCCUCCGAGACCCCGACGCGCCCCCCAGCCAGCACCAGCGCCGCCGCGAGCUCUUCAAGGGCUUCGUCAACGCGGUCGCCGCAGUGCGCCAGGACCCCGACGGCACCAAGUACGUGGUGCUCAAGAGGAGGUACAGGGACCUUUUGGGGGAGGAGACGCUGCAGCGACCCCGCGACCCGCCCGCGGCCGCCGCCCCUGCCGGAGGAGCUGCGUCCAGCUCUCCGCGAGGCGCGUGCGGGGGACAGCAGCCGCCGCAGCCUCCCGGGGGGCGGCGGCGCGAGGAGGAGCCCGAGCAAGAGCCAGCAGGUGCCGCAGCCCCAGCCGCGCGCGCAGGUUGCAACGGACUCGCAGGCAGCCGCGCCCGGGAGGCGACCCCGGGAGGCGGCUCUGGCCACCGGGCAGCAGCGAGGUGCGCGGCCGCGGAGACGCGAGGCCGCUGCGGCUGGGAAGGCCUCCAAGACAGCCUGGAGGGACUGCCCGGGAAGCAGGGGCUCGGGGCAGCCCCGGACCCCGCCGCCCCCGGGGAGAAGCCGGCGCGUGCCCCGCCGGCGCAGGAUGACCUCGGGGCUGCCGCUGAGCACGCACCGGGGCCCGCAGCGCCCUGCUCGCCUCCCGCAACCGUCAAGGCUGUUGGCAGCGGGGCUUCCCCGCCUGCUCUCCUGGCCGGUCCCAUUGCCCCCGGAAGCCCACCGGAGCUGCUGCCCCUGGGCUCUCUGCCUCGCUCCACCCCGCAGCAGCAGCGGCGGCGCACUUGGGAAUGGGUGGCCAGGCAUCCCCAGGCGCCCAAGGCCCGUGACCAAGGCCCCAUCCGAGCCUGGUCAGUGCUACCGGACAACUUCCCCCAGCUACCCUCGGAGCUGGCCCUCUGGGUCGGGAAACCUCACUCGGAGCCUGCAGACCCCACGCUUUCCUCUCAUUCUGUCCUUCCUGUUGUUCCGGAAUCCUGUCCCGAGAACCCUCCUUUGACAGUCUUUCGUAGUAUUCGUUGUCAGCUGUCCCUCCAAGAUCUGGAUGACUUUGUGGACCAAGAGAGUCAUGGCAGUGAGGAGAGCAGCAGUGGGCCCAGGGAGUCUCCUGGGGGUUCUGAAGGGGGGCUGCAGGUUGCUCUGGGAACCCCAGAUUGGAGAAAGCUCAGGAAUCCAGCAGGAGGUCUUUCUCCAAAGGAGGGCAGCCCAGGCAGGAGUCCUCAGGGCCUCAGGAACAGAGGGGAUGGUCACACCUCUCAGCAGGUCUCAACAGAGGCUAACGGCCUUGCAGGCCACCCCCAGGAGUCUUUACCCUGGCCAGCUCCCAAGUUAAGGAGAUCCCUCAGGAGGAGCUCUCCGGCAGGGAUAGCCAAAUUAUCUUCUUCUGAUGAGGAGUAUCUUGAGCACGACUUGCUUAAAAGGACUCGUCGCCCACCACGAUCCAGGAAACCCUCCAAGGCAGGAGCAGUGUCCAGCCCAAGAGUGGAUGCUGUUUUGAUACCAAAGCCUGCAGACAUGAAGGCUGCUGUUGCUGAGCGGGAUUGGCCAUACACCUCCUGGGCCCGGGCUGGGGUGGAGUCUACAGCCUUGGUCCCACAAAGACCUGAGCACAAGUCAUCUGUGAUCCCCCUAGAUGCCAGGGAGCAUGAAUGGAUUGUGAAGCUUGCCAGUGGCUGUUGGAUUCAGGUGUUGACUUUGUUUUGGGAGGACCCCCAGCUGGCUCUGCACAAAGACUUCUUGACUGGGUACACUGCGUUGCACUGGAUAGCCAAACAUGGUGACCUCAGGGCCCUCCAGGACUUUGUCUCCAGUGCACAGGAAGCGGGGAUUGCUCUUGAUGUGAAUGUGAAGUCCAGUUGUGGAUAUACCCCUCUGCACCUUGCAGCCAUUCACGGCCACCAGGGGGUCAUCAAAUUGCUAGUGCAAAGGUUGGCUUCUCGGGUGAAUGUCCGAGACUGCAGUGGAAAGAAGCCAUGGCAGUAUCUGACCAGUAAUACCUCGGGGGAAAUAUGGCAGCUACUAGAAGCUCCUCGGGGCAGGCCCAUUUUCCCCGUCUAUCCUUUAGCCCGAAGCUCUUCCCCCACCAGGAAGGCCAGGAGCCGGGAAAUAUCUAGAAAUAUCACUCGCAAGACUUCCUUUGCUGCACUACUCAAAAAUCAGCACAGCAAGUGGAAAUUGGCCAACCAGUAUGAGAAAUUCCCCAAUCCAAGAGAAAGGGAAGAGUACAGUGACUGAAGUGGUCCUCUCUUUCCAAAUAUGCAGCCACCACACCCUCAUCCUUGAGAUGCUCAGUGUGAAAAUUCAAGGGCAAUAGAAAAAUUGCAGAGGUGUUGGUAAGGAAAAGAUUGAUCAUGUGAGAUGGCCUACCUUGUGUUCACCUGCCUGGAUUUUAUGUCAGCAUAUCCCGGACCUUAAGGAGUCAUCCAGGCUUUCUGGCAGCUCAAGUCUCUGGGCCAGUGAAACCUAGACAUAGAGCAGAGUCAGGUGUUUAAAAACCUAGGAGGUGUUCUUCCUCUUUCCUUGCCACCACAGAUCUGGGCACAGUGAGCCACAUUGUUUUCCGAAGCAGCUACCCCAGGCCUUGGCUAUAGAAGGAACAAAUAUCUAAGAGAAAGGGAGGCAAUUCAAGGGAUUAAUGAAGCACCAAAUCUCUCUGGCUAGUAGCUCUCUGGCUCCUAUUCAUUUGAAGGCUAAAUCUUGGCUGAGAGUGGAAAGCACCAGGUUUGAAAUCACAUGGCUCUUGUAUCCUCGUUUUUCUUGUUUCCUUUCCUCCUUCUUCCUUCCUUCCUUCCUUUUUUCUUUCUCCUCUUUCUUUCUUUCUUUUUUUUUUUUAAUAUUUCAUUCAUUUAUUCAUGAGAGACACAGAGACAGAGAGAGGCAGAGACGCAGGCAGAGAAGCAGUCCCUAUGCAGGGAGGCCAAUGCGGGACUGGAUCCUGGAACUCCAGGAUCACGCCCUGGGCUGAAGGCAGUGCUAAACCGCUGACCCACCCAGGCUGCCCGCUCUUUCUUUCUUUCUUUCUUUCUUUCUUUCUUUCUUU